ACCCAAUGUUUACAUCUUUCAGUUGACGGAAUAUGGCUGUCUAGAAUCGUUGAUAAGAAGAAAGGAGAAGAAGAUGGCUACAAGGAGGUUUCUCCUUCCAGUUCUGAUUGCAUGUACAUUCUGUUUUACCACAGCAAUAAAGGAACCAAAAAGCUUUGCCUAUGAGAAAGGUAUAGUUGCAAAUUUAUCUCAUUGUCCAGGGCGCUACUGUGGCCGCACAUCACUUGGAAAUGGAUCAUGGUCAGCAUGUGGAGCUUGUGAGAGAGGCCUCAGAAGUAAUGCUAGCAGUGCAUGUCAAAUUUGUAAGGAUGAGCCAGAAUUAUAUGACUGGCUCUACCUUGGCUUCAUGGGAUUACUGCCCCUGACCUUCCACUUAGGCUGCAUUGAUGCUGCAGCAAAAAGAAGAACAUUCACAAAAGAAGUGAUGGCCCUUUAUGCAUCAGCUGUUGUUGAGGUGGUUGUUGCAGCAGUGGCUACUUUAUUAAUCGCUGACCCAUUUGGAGAGUUCCGCAUACGUUCUUGCAAGGAAAGAGGGUUGGCAGACUGGUAUCCACUUUUUCAUAAUCCAAACCCAAAUUAUGAGGGUGUUUUGCACUGUACACAAGAGGCUGUAUAUCCUUUAUAUUCAAUGGUAUUCGUAUUCUACACAUUAUGUUUGAUGGUGAUGCUUUUGAUACGACCACUACUUUCCUCAAAACUUCUUCCUGGCAGAGGAAAAUCAGCUAUUUACUCUGCCCUGUAUUUCCUCCCAAUUUUGAUAUUUACCCAUGCUAUAGGAGCAGGACUAAUAUACUACUCAUUUCCAUAUCUAGUCAUCAUCUUAUCUGUGGUGUCAAAUGCUGCACAUUUUGCUUUUCAGUUAGAUCAGUCAAUGCCAGGUCUUCUGCUGGGAUGUAUUCGAGAUGUACGAAACUUGGUCAUCUUAAUAGGCCACUGGGGCUUGCAUGCAUAUGGUAUUAUUGCUAUCAUGGUCCUAAAUGACAAAGAUGCUUAUGGGUCUCUCUGUGCCUUGGUUCCCUUACCGGCAGUAUUUUACAUUCUUACAUCACGAUUUACAGAUCCUUCAAACAUGAGCUGAGGGGUAAGUUUUUGUGAUGCUUUGUACUGGAAAAAUCUUUACUAAAGAUGGCUGUGAUUCCCAGUUGGGAGGAUGUGUUUGUGUAUAUUAUUGCUAUACUUUUGAAUGGUGGAAAUGAUGUCUGCAGCAGUAAAAGGGUUAAGUGUGUUCCGAGAUAUUAUCCAAUAUGUAUGCUUAAAAUAUCCAAUGAAUUCAGUUAUAUCUUUGGUUGUUAAUUAUUUGUAAUGUUUUUUCCAUCAUCAGUAAGAAUAUGUAUGUAUAGAUAUUGUCUGAAUGUUAUACUGUACUCAUGUAUCACACAUGUUCAAGAUCUUGAAUAUUGCAUUAACCCACUGGAUCCAUCAUGUGACCAAAAAUAUGGGCUUUUGGCUUACUUGAUCAGCCACUAUGACUGUUGUGUGGCUUGUUGGCUGAGCACACACUAGCACUUGCGCACUGACAAGACCCUAUGCCUCCCCUUUGCAAUGUUAUUUUCUCUUUUCUGUCUAAACAUUUUUAUUUUUUUUAUUUUUUGUUUGUCAUUUUCUAAGGUCCGUAUUUGUCAUUUGAUUUGUUUUAUAUAGAUUUUGAUAAAUUGGUUUCCUUGCACAGGCUCCAUUUUAUCCCUCUAGGUAGUCCAUAACUUGAUGCAAAAAUAUUAACAGUGGUAACAUUUUGUUAUUUGAGUCUUUUUUUUUCUUAAUGUUCAGUUUUCUGUCAUAAAACUUACGCUACUGGGCACUGGAGCCAGGAAUAGGAUGCUGAGCAUGGAAAGUGUCCUCCUGGGAGCCAUCAUUCUUUUAGUCAUGGCUCAGGGACAGUACAUUCCACACACAUUUAUGGAUGGAAGUAAUGUAAAAAUCCUUCUAAAUUGCCAAAUGAGUCUAAUCACCCUCUAAGAGGUAUCUUCCUUUGUGGCAAGUCUUCCCCGUCACCCUGGCCUUCAGUCGAAAUGCUCACAAUGGAAAGUUCAUGUCACCCCUGCCCACAGCAAAGUUUUCCCAUGACAGUCAGUUCACAUCACAUGCCCCUGAAGCCAAAUUUUUGAUGACUUGAUGGUCAUAUCAUCUGGAUCAUAGGGUUAAUCUAUAUGUCUAUAUUAUUGCAUUUCUUACAGAUAAUUGUAUUAAGAUAAUAAUGAUAGCUAAAGUAGAAAAUAUGUAACCUUGGUACUAGAAAUAGCAGUUGAGAUUGUAUUACAGUUUAGGAAAAAUGCAAAAGAAAAUAUCUCAUUAGAAGUGCAGUAUGUAUAUUUAUUGUAUAAAUUAGUGGUUUCUUAUAUUAAGCACAACUAUUGAUAUGCAUAAUAGAAAAAAUCUAGAAGUAAAAACUUGAAUGUUUGAAUGAUUAUAAAGGUUAUAAAUUCUAAUUAUAAGAUUUACAUAUCACUGAUUAUCUUAUACCAGUUCUUAAUAAUUAAAACAGAUAUUCAGUUUUAGAUAAGCUGAUUCCUCUUUUAUAACUGGAUAUAACUUAAACCAUCAAACAUUAUAAACUUCAAUCAAUCAUCAUCUGCCAUUCAUCUGUUAUUUUGUGCCUGUGACUGAUAAGAAACAAGGAUGAUAGUACAGGUUGACAUUAACAAAUCUGGACCUGAGGAGUGCCUGAUUUUCGAAAAUGCCAGAUUCUUUGUGGUUAUAUAUGUUAUAAUUAACAAAAGAUGAAUUUAUGCACAGUCCUUUAAAGAAAGAAAGAAACAAUAAAUGAAAUGUUAAUGCUCACCAACUAAAUAAUAGGUUAUUCUUUUUAGCAUUUCCACUUUCACCGCAAUUGAUAGCGCACGAUGUUUAUAUUUUACACCACCUCUUUUCUAUACAGCAGUAAAGACACAAUAGAAUGAGAAAGAAUGAGCAGGGAUGGCUGUUAGCAUGUGCAAAGAAGACCGAAGAGGUGAUUCUAGAGUGUAUUUUUUAAUGUCAACCUAUACUAGAUUAGGAUAUGAUUUGAAUUCAGUGCUAUAUUCUAAUAAAUUUUUAGAAAGAAAAAAAGUGUUUGAUACUACAAAUAUAAACAGAA